AGACUAAACAUUUCUUCUGGCAAUAUGAGUUCGGGUGAUGAUUCAUCUGAUGAUGUUGAUUUUCAAUCCGCAGUUCUUACGGCAGUGGGUAUGUCACCUCGUCGAAGUCCGUCACUCAGUUCGAGUCAGCUAAAAACGAAACAAUCAUCUGAGCGAUCGUGGCUGCUGCCUGGGGAAAGCUUUCAAAUCGAAGAAUCUAAUAUCGGUUGUAUGACAGCAAUCGGAAAAAUCGGUGGUCGAGUCAUUGUUACGAACUAUCGACUUCGAUUCGAAGCUAAAGAAAAUUCUGGUAGAGAGAAUAAAUGCUGUCAAUUCGAUGUUCCGCUUGGCUGUAUAUCACGAGUCGAAAAAGUCGGAUACUCAACUGUGAGUCGUGGUGAGGAUUCUUAUGGGCUGGAAAUAACUUGUAAGGUAAGGAUAUGCGAAACAUUCGUUUCACUCAUCAGCAGACCAACCACAGUCGUCGUCCGCUCUACGAAAGUCUUCAAAAGUUCGCAUUUCCCGUCACGAACAAAUUGGUUUGCCUUAAUGAAUCCUCCUCCCAAAUUCGCACUAAUUUCUUUAACGAUGAUCUAUCGAAAAUACCGUUUUUUGCAGUGCUUUAUAAACCUCAGUUUGUAUUUGAUGGAUGGGUGCUAUAUGAUGCGGUUAAAGAGUUCCAACGCAUGGCAAGUUGAACAUAAGGUUCCAAAUGAGAGUUGGCGUAUUACGAAGAUAAACGAUCGCUAUGAAUUUGCUGAUACUUAUCCAGCAUUGUUGGCUGUACCUACAACUGCUGUCGCCGAGGGUGAGGAUUUUUUACAUAAGGUUGCCGAAUUCAGAAGUAAGCAACGCAUUCCGGUUCUAUCAUGGUUGAAUCCAUUAACACAAGCAGCUAUCACUCGCUCAUCUCAGCCUAUGGUUGGAGUUACUUCUCGUAAAUCAGCUGAAGAUGAAAGGUAUCUACAAUUGAUAAUUGAAGCGAAUGCUCACGCUCAUCAGCUGUUGAUUUUUGACGCUCGUCCUGUUGUGAAUGCCAAAGUGAAUAAGGCAAAGGGUGGAGGUUUUGAGGAUUCAUACGCGAAUUGUCGUCUUAUUUUCCUGGAUAUUCAGAACAUACAUGUUGUUCGUGAAUCCUUACGCAAACUAAAAGAUGCGUGCUUCCCGAAGGUUGAUGAAAAGAAUUGGUUACGUAUUCUUGAUGAAACGAAAUGGCUGAGUCAUAUACAGACCAUUCUUGAUGGUGCCACACAAAUUGCGAGAGAGAUUGAAGACAAUAAUGCAUCGGUACUUGUGCACUGUAGUGACGGUUGGGAUCGUACGGCUCAAUUGACGUCAGUUGCGAUGGUUGAACUGGAUCCAUACUAUAGAACAGUCACUGGUUUUGCUGUACUUAUCGAGAAGGAGUGGUGUAGUUUUGGCCAUAAAUUUGCUCAUAGAAUUGGUCAUGGUGAAGAUAAACAUAGUGACAGUGAGCGCUCACCAAUUUUUGUGCAAUUCGUCGAUUGCGUAUGGCAGUUGAUGGAGCAGUUUCCAUAUGCGUUUGAAUUCAAUGCAUCCUUAUUAAUUGUUAUACUGGACGAGUUGUACGCAUGUCGAUUUGGUACGUUUCUUUACAACAGUGAAAAACAGCGCCAUCGUGAUCAGAGAGUAAGAGAGAAUACAGUUUCUCUGUGGUCCUAUAUAGAAGCGAAUCGUCGUCGUUUUCUCAAUCCUUUAUACAAUCGCUUCCCUCGAUUCAUUGAAGUAUUACGUCCGAACACGAAAAUGCCUCGAAUUCGACCAUGGAAAGACUACUACUUCCGAUAUAAUCCAAGCAUUGUGGCACAGGAUCGCAUUGACAUCGAACCGUUGGUGAACGAAAAAAUUCUGCAGAGACUUCUAGCACUGAACGAAUUAGUUGAGCAAAGAGAACAAAUGGUCAGUAAAACAGCGUCGGUAUCGGCUGUCAGGGUGUGA